AUGGUCCGUUCGUUUGAAACCACCAUCAUGGCAGGUUCCGAGCAAAGUGCUAUAAUCAAAUCUUGUACCACCUCAAACCCCGACUUUGGAGAAUUUAGGUACGGUACGCCUCAUCGCGAAAUAGAUCAGCACUGCAGCGGCCCCACAAUGGUUGUCUAUCAAGGUGAGCAGUCUAUUUCUCCCUUUAAGUUGGCUCAACCUUUGGAGUUAAUCAAUCAUGAGACCCCAUAUCCAUGA